AUGGCUAUGUCCCAAGCUGCCAACCUGGUCGAGAAGAUUCUCGGCCACACUGGUGAUGCGACCACAGAGCAGAACAUGAGCAAUCCAAACAGAGAUAUCAGCAAAUAUGCAGAUCCAUCUGGAGAAAAGAUGAAGGCUUUGGUCUGGAAUGGCAAGAACGACGUCAAGGUCAUCGAAACCUUCAAGCCUGCGAGAAUUGAGAACUCGGACGUCAUAGUCAAAGUUACAGGCAGCACGGUAUGUGGUUCAGAUCUGCACUUGCUCCAUGGCGCAGUCGUGGAGAUGCAGAAGGGCGAUAUCUUAGGUCACGAAUUCUGUGGUGUUGUUGACAGUGUUGGACCGUCAAUCUCGAAAGUGAAGCCAGGGGAUCGGGUUGUCUGCUCCUUCCAAAUUGCAUGCGGUUCGUGUAUGUACUGCCAAAAGAAGCUCAGCUCUCAGUGCGAAAAGACAAAUGACAACACUAUCGAGAACAUCAUGUACGGUGGUCGCACUGCUGGUAUGCUAGGGUACUCUCACUUCACAGGCGGUUAUGCUGGUGGUCAAGCAGAGUAUGUUCGUGUAGCUUAUGGCGAUGUUAACCUGUUGAAGAUUCCAGACGAGGUGCCUGAUGAGAAAGCCCUGUUCCUCAGUGAUGUCCUUAGCACCAGCUGGAACUGCGUCGUCGAUACUGGUGUCAAAGAAGGCGAUGUUGUUGCCAUCUGGGGUGCGGGUCCCAUUGGUCAGAUGUGUGCUGACUUCUCAUUCAUGAAUGGAGCUAAAAGAGUCAUCAUCAUAGAUGGUGGUGCUGGUUCUUGGAGACUGGAUUACGUGAAGAGCAAGCUACCUAAAGUCGAGACGCUCAACUUCACAGAUCUACCGAGAGGUGAAAGUGUUACUAGCCAGCUGAAGAAAAUGGAACAUGGCGGUCCUGACGUUGCUCUCGAGUGUGUCGCUGGUGAAUACGCAAAAGGAUGGGCACACUAUUUUGAAAUGAUGUUGGGCAUGGAGACAGAUACAUCAGAAAUCCUCAACGAGAUGAUUACCAGUGUCAAGAACUUUGGUAGAGUGGGUGUUACUGGCGUAUAUGUUGGCUUCACCAACCACUUCAAUAUUGGAUCCUUGAUGGAGCGCGGAAUUCGUUUAAUUGGUAACGGCCAAGCUCCAGUACAUUUGUACUGGGAAGACUUGAUGAAGAAGAUUCAGGAUGGGUCCAUCGAACCAUUACGAAUGGUCAGUCAUCGAGUCAAACUGGAAGAGUUGGAAGAGGUUUACAAGAGAUACAACGAGCGGGAACAGGGGAUGCAGAAGGUAUACGUGGCAACAAAAUUCAGCUUUCCACCUGCUCCUGGUACACCACAAUUGACAGAAUACGGAACAGCUUAG